UCUCCCCCCCUCCCACACACACACACACACACCCUCCCACGCACCACACUCCCUGCACCUUGCCGCCGCCGAUUGAAACCAAUCAAUCAAUACGGGGAUCGAUCAACCGAGAUGUCCACCGUGGUGGAUCGGAACGGGCGCGUGGCCUGCGGCAGGAUCAAAGCCACUGGAGCAGCGAACGAUGACAUCAGCGCGUGACAGUCCCGAUCCUCCCCGCGUGAGCUGAUCAAUCAUUUUAUCGGUCCCGUCCCGGCAUGCUACCGGCCUCCAUCCAGAUCACCGGCGAGCUGCUGUCGGCGGCCGAGGUGCGGGACAUCUGUGAGAGCCUGAAGGAGGACGGCUUGCGGCUGCUCUCCGUCCGCGGCUGCCAGCUCUCUGACAGGGACUUUGGGCGCGUGUGCCGAGGCGUCGCCGAGUCGCCCUGCCUCGCCCAGCUCAACCUCAACCUGGGGGUCGUCUCUGGCCUCAGCCGGACGAGACACCUGGCCGACGCCCUGAGGACCAACCGCUCCCUCCAGACCCUGUUUCUCCAUGGCAGCCCACUGAUGGACGCCGGGCUGGUGACCCUGAACGUGGCCUUAUCCAGCCACCCAACGCUGGUCUGUCUGGACCUGGGAGACUGCAUGCUGGGAGACGAGGCGCUGGCUCUGAUCUGUGGGAUGCUGCCUCCGGACGGGGCCAAGUCAGGUUUGAGGGAACUCACUCUCAGCGCCAACCCAGGAAUCAGCUCCAAGGCCUGGGCUCGACUCGCCAUCGCUGUGGCUCACAGCUCCCAACUGAGGGUCCUGAACCUGGACUACAACUCACUGGGUGAUCGGAUAGCAGGAAUGCUGGCGGUUGCCGUGGCGUCCAGCAGAAGCCUGGAGGUGCUGGACCUGGAAGGAACCGGACUGACCAACCAAUCAGCACAGGUUUUCCUGGACAUGGUGGAGAACUACCCCACCUGUCUGAAGGUUCUGCUCCUGGGGGAGAACGACAUCAGUCCGGAGCUGCAGCAGCAGAUCUGUGACUUGCUGUCUGAGGGCGAGGACGAUGACAACAGAGAAUCUACGGCCACAGAGCGAGGACCCGCAUCCAGCUGCGCCCUGCCGCCAAUCAGAGACAAGUACCAGCCAAUCAGAGACAAGUACCAGCCCCUCAGCUGGCUCCCCCACAGCAACUCCGCCCCCCAGAUGGUCUUGCUGACAUCAGGUCUAGGGGAGAGCUUAUUGGCUGAGACCGAAAUGUGACACCACCCCCCCACCUCACGCUUCCUGUCAGACGGCCUUUUUCUUAAUCCAGAUUUUUUGGUAUGAAUGCUUCAGCAUUGUUUCUCCUCCCUGCGCCUCUUGUCCUCUUGUCCAAUCACAUGGUCCGAUGUCGCACCUGUACAUAGAGACUAGAACAGAGCGGCACAGAACCUCAGCACACACUUACAGCCAUGUGUUUGUAAUGAUGUCCCCUUAUUAAACUUUGUACAGCUUCGUAUGAA